UUGCUUGCCUGCGCGUCUGGAUUUGCCCAUCCAGCAGAACCCAAACGCGGAAAUUUUGUGAGCAAUAUAGAGAUGAGUUUGUGGUGUGAGUCAAAACAGAUCUGCUAGGGAAAAAAUAGCCACACCAAAUCCAUUGGUCUACAGACAUAAAGGUUCUGGAGGUCUUUCAUACACAUCAAUCGCACAUCCUCUCUCUGACUUCCGGAGAAAUCAUCUUGAGAGAGUGAUCAAUAAGAUUUGAGAGUGUCCAUCUGGGCCAGUGUCGCCGCCGGACAAAAUGUCUAUCAGCUUCCCGAAGGAGGAGGAGGCGGUCAUCGCCAGAUGGCGUGAGAUCAAUGCUUUCGAGAGACAGGUCGAGCUCUCUCAAGGCCGUCCUCUGUAUACCUUCUACGAUGGUCCCCCUUUCGCCACUGGACUUCCUCACUAUGGCCACCUGCUCGCUUCUACCAUCAAGGACAUCAUCCCCAGGUAUUGGUCCAUGAAGGGUUACCAUGUUGAGAGGCGGUUCGGGUGGGAUACUCACGGCCUGCCUAUUGAACAUGAGAUCGACAAGAAGCAUGGAAUCUCCGGCAAAGCAGCAGUUGAAAAGUUUGGCCUUGCCAACUACAAUGAGGAGUGCCGGUCUAUUGUUAUGCGCUACCGCGAAGAAUGGAGGCAUACUAUCGAGCGGUUGGGUCGGUGGAUUGAUUUCGACAACGAUUACAAGACCAUGGACCCCAAAUUCAUGGAAUCGGAGUGGUGGGUUUUCAAACAGCUGUUCGAAAAGGGACAAGUCUACCAGGGCUUCCGUGUGAUGCCAUACUCGACUGUCCUUACCACAGCUCUGAGCAACUUCGAGGCAAACCAAAAUUACCAGGACGUCACAGACCCUGCCGUUGUGGUCUCUUUCCCGCUUAAGUCAGACCCAGAGACUUCCCUGCUUGCUUGGACGACAACACCGUGGACAUUACCCUCGAACCUUGGCCUUGCAGCACACCCUGAUUUCGAAUACGUCAAGAUUCGCGACGAAAAGUCCGGCAAGAACUACAUUCUUCUAGAAAAAUUGAUGGGAACUUUGUACAAGGAUCCCAAGAAAGCCAAGUUCCAAAUCCUUCAGAAAAUCAAAGGCAAGGAUAUGCUUGGUUGGGAGUAUGAACCUUUGUUCGACUACUUCUACGAGGAGUUCAAGGAUGUCGGAUUCCGCGUCCUGAACGCCACCUAUGUUACUGACGACGGUGGUGUCGGUAUCGUUCACCAGGCUCCCGCUUUCGGUGAAGAUGAUUACAAUGUUGCAUCUGAAGCAGGAAUCAUCAACGAGAACCGGCCACCAGCAGACCCUGUCAACGAGACCGGCCACUUCACCGACAAGGUUCGCGACUUUGCAGGCAUGCACGUCAAAGAAGCCGAUAAACACAUCAUCAAAUAUCUGAAAGGCACGGGGCGCUUGGUAGCCGACUCACAACUCAAGCACUCUUACCCUAUGUGCCCAAGAUCUGAUACCCCUCUUAUUUACCGCGCCGUUCCAUCAUGGUUUGUGCGCAUUCCAGAGAUCGUACCGAAGAUGCUCGAGAAUAUCGAGACGCAACAUUGGGUCCCAAGUUUCGUCAAAGAGAAACGCUUUGCCAGCUGGAUCGCGAACGCGAGGGACUGGAAUGUGUCGCGCAACAGGUAUUGGGGUACACCUAUCCCGCUCUGGGUCAGUGAUGAUCUUGAGGAGAGGGUAUGUGUUGGCAGCAUUGAGGAGCUCAAGAAGCUCAGUGGUUACGAGGGAGAAAUCACCGAUCUACACCGACACCACAUCGAUCACAUCACCAUCCCCAGCAAGCAGGGCAAGGGCGUUCUGAAGCGUAUUGAGGAAGUCUUUGAUUGUUGGUUCGAGUCUGGUUCCAUGCCUUACGCCAGCCAACACUACCCCUUUGAAAAUGUCGAGAAGUUUGAGAAAUCAUUCCCAGGCGAUUUCAUUGCCGAGGGUCUGGAUCAGACGCGUGGUUGGUUUUACACAAUGCUGGUUCUCGGCACCCAUCUCUUUGGUAUUGCACCAUUCAAGAACUGUGUUGUAAACGGCAUUGUGCUGGCCGAGGACGGAAAGAAGAUGUCGAAGAGGCUCAAGAACUACCCGGCGCCUGACAUCGUCAUGGACAAAUAUGGAUCUGAUGCGCUGCGAUUAUAUCUGAUCAACUCCCCGGUGGUGCGGGCUGAGCCACUUCGUUUCAAGGAGACCGGCGUGAAGGAGGUCAUUCAAAGGGUCCUGCUACCAUUCUGGAACAGCUAUAAAUUCUUCGAGGGACAAGUCGCUCUUUUGAAGAAGGCCGAAGAAAAGGACUAUAUGUGGAACCCCACUGCAGAAUCCUCAAACGAGAACGUGAUGGACCGCUGGAUCUUGGCCAGCUGUCAAAGUCUUCUUGAGUUCGUGAACGAAGAGAUGAGGCAUUACCGACUUUACACUGUCGUCCCCCGCUUACUGGGCCUUAUUGACAACACGACGAACUGGUACAUUCGUUUCAACCGAAAGCGUCUCAAGGGCGAGAAUGGCGUAGAAGAUACCGUACACGCGCUCAACACCCUCUUCGAGGUGUUGUUUACCCUUUGCAAGGGACUCGCUCCGUUCACGCCUUUCAUCACGGAAACCAUCUACCAGAAGCUGGCGCCGUUCAUCCCUAAAGACCUGCCCAAGGAGCUGCAGAGCAGCGACAUGAGGAGUGUUCACUUUUUGCCGUUCCCGACUGUUCGACAGGAGCUGUUUGACCCAGUGGUUGAACGCAAAGUCGGGCGUAUGCAGAAGGUCAUCGAGCUUGCCCGAGUGUCUCGUGAGAGGAGAGCCAUCGGCUUGAAAACGCCACUCAAGACACUGAUCGUUAUCCACCAUAGCCAAGAGUACUUGGACGAUGUAAAAUCUCUCCAGGGCUAUAUUAGCGAGGAGCUCAACAUACGGGAUCUUGUUUUGACGUCAGACGAGGCCAAGUAUGGUGUUCAGUACAGCGCUACGGCUGACUGGCCAGUUCUUGGAAAGAAGCUCAAGAAGGACAUGGCCAAGGUCAAGAAAGCGCUGCCCCUGCUCCAAAGCGAGCAGGUUCACGCAUAUGUGCAGCAGGGGACGAUUGAGGUUGACGGCAUUAAGCUGGAUGCUGGAGAUUUGGUGGUCAAGCGCGGAUUGAGCCCGGCGGCGGAUGGAUCCUCGCAGUACCUCGAGACAAACACAGAUAACGAUGUGCUCAUCAUCCUUGACUGCGAACUCCAUGCUGAUCUUGCAGAUGAGGGUUUGGCACGAGAGAUUAUCAAUCGUGUGCAGAGGCUGCGUAAAAAGGCGGGCUUGGUAGCUACUGAUGAUGUGCGGAUGGAGUACAAGGUGCUGGGAGACCCCGAGACCACCGGCAUCGAAAAGGUUUUCCAGUCGCAGUCGAGCAUGCUAGAGAAAGCCUUGAGAAGACCCAUGGAGGGCGAGGUCGUCGACCAGCCCGAGGACGGUGUCAUUGCAGAGGAGAUGCAAGAAGUCCAGAAGGCUACGUUCAGGCUCCGGUUGCUGAAGCUUUGAUGGGGAGAUACGUCUCUUAACUAGUCUAAAUCCUGUGAAUGGAUGUGCAUGUAAAAGAUGUUGGUGAGACAAAAUAAGAGCAUGCAAAGGCGUGUGAAGACAGUGCCUAAUUGGACCGGAGACUAAGAGUGUUUGUAUCUAAUGGCAGCAAAAGAGAAAGAAAAAAGAAAGUUGCACAACAUCAUUCUAUGUGCCUAAAUCAGAUGCCCAACUCAUCGUGGCUUUUUUGCUGCGGCCUAUUCAGAGGGAAAGUCAGAUAUUGUAUGUA